UUUUAGUUAAUUUCUUUCUAAAGUGAAAGAAAUGAAGCCAAUUUGCGCAGGUCUCAAAGGGUUUAAAGAUAAUAUAAAGACCCUUUUUGGUGAAAACUGAGGAUGCUACAGCAGAGACAUCCUACAGAAUCUACCUGAGACAUUUGCCCAAUGCUAAAAUGAUUAUCUACAUCAUUUGGUCAGUACUGUUAAAUGCCCUGCACACCAGCACAAGUGUUUCCAGGUGGAAAAUUGUGAGGUCAGGCCACAAAUAAACAUCACCUCAGCAUCACUGUGUUGGAUUUUGGUAUUUCAUAUGAUUUGUUGAAAAGAUAAACACAGAAUCACACCAGCUCUUUCAUCAUUGUGUAAAUCUGCACCUUUGGAGAGGCUUAAAACAGCAUAAUCUCUGACCAAAUUAAAUGUACUUUUCAACGAAGUUUUGCAAACUGUUUUCAACUAAUAUGCAUCUAUUUGUGAUCUUGGUUUGAAUGUUUUGUGUCACGCACCCUUCGCAGGUUAAAGCUGUGACUUUGUGCUGUUGCACGCCCAUGACUUGAAUUUACUCUGUCAAGUAAUAUCACAUCUGUUAUAUUGUUGUAGUUUCAUGCACUUCAAAACUGUCUCAUUUUCUGACCAUAUGAAUGAGCUUGUGUCAUUUUGUCUUUUACAACCUGUGAGAAUUGCUAUUUCUUUAACAGGGAAACAGAGAAUGUAAUUGUGAUUUCAUUAUUUUGUGCAAUCAAAUAACAUGAUAUGUGUUCAUAAUUGUUUGAUUUCAACUAACAUUAUAUCACUGUUGACUCAUUUUGGACUGUUUCUCCUUUAAAACAAUCUAAUACCUUGGAAACACAAAUGCGGACUUGAAACCCCUGAAGUUUCAGAUGUAUCAUAGUUCAAAAAAGGUGAGUAUGUGUGCGUGUGAGUGUUUGUUUGUGAGCCUCAGAUGUCCGUUUUUGUGCUUUCAUGCACUCUAUGUUGGGGGUAAGUAUAUGCCAAAGACCACAGCAAAGAAAGGCAGGAAGUAAAGUUUACCACGUCUUUGAGUGUGAUAUCUUGAGCAGACCUGCAGUCAUAGUUGUUGAAUAGAAGUGGAUAGCUGGUUUUUAAAGUGUUUCCAUCAUGAGACCAAACUACCGUCUGGACAUCCUUCAUGUGUCCAUCUUAGCGGCACUCUCCCUCACUUUGGAUGCUAAUAGUGGUUAUUCAGAUUGUGAUGUUGAAAUCAAAGUGCCCCGUGACACUGUUUACAGAGCUGUGCCUGGAGAAAACCUCAGGAUUAACUGCACAGUUGCCUUCUGUGACAAACCACCACCAACAGUAACCUGGUACAAAAGUGAGACGACUGAUGUCCCCGUCAAUGUCAGCAGUCACAUUAAAACAGAGUGGAAACUUUUAAACCCCUCAGAGGGGAUAUUUGUUUUGAUAUUUCAAGAAAUACUCAGAGAUGACUCAGGUGUGUACUGGUGUUACAGUGACGGCAGUGUGAGUCACAGCAUCAACGUCUUUGUCCGAGGUGAUGAACUCACUACAGUUAUACGGACGACUUCAAAACCGGAGAGAUUGGACACUUUCUGGCCAUUUGUGUACCGUGUUGUCGGGAUCGUGGUGUUUGUUAUCGUAGUUCUAACCAUAUAUGUUGUAUCAACAUGUGGGUGUAAAGGAGAGUCCAGGGACGCACCACAUCCAGGCCCACAGCCCUCCCAUGAUGCUUCGCCAACCAAUCACAUCUAUGAUUAGCCGAUCAAUCUGCUAAAUCAAAAUGACUAGUGUCAAAAGGUUGUACAUAUUCAUUUCACGACAACCUGUAAGUGACAUAUUCACAUUUUGACUGAUUUGUGUUUAUCAAUGCUCAGCUUUGUUAUGAUGUGUUUUUACAUAAUGUGCUCUAGGAAUUAUUGAUUGACUAUGCAUGGCCUUAAAAAAUCAAAACAUUUUUUUAAUUGACAAAAUAUGAUCCAUUUCUUCAUGAUGAUGUGAAUACCGCCGUGUAUAAUGUUGAAUGUUGCUGUUGGCUCCAUUAUGUGCUUUGA